AUCCCGAAACAGCAUUCUAUAUAACUAAAAAAAAACCCUAAUUUUGAGCUUCGUCUCUUUUAUUUAACACUAGGGUUUACAGCAUACAGUCGCAGCCGAAGCAGAAGCUCGCGGAAUUGUAGCGAUGGCGAGGAUUAAGGUUUACGAGCUGAGGCAGAAGACGAAAGCUGAACUCUUGAAUCAGCUGAAGGACCUUAAGGCCGAGCUAGCCUUGCUUCGUGUUGCUAAGGUCACCGGAGGUGCCCCUAACAAGCUCUCCAAGAUAAAAGUGGUCAGGUUGUCGAUUGCCCAGGUUUUGACUGUGAUUUCUCAGAAGCAAAAGGCUGCGUUGAGAGAUGCCUACAAGAACAAGAAGUACUUGCCCCUUGAUCUCCGCCCCAAGAAGACCAGGGCUAUCCGCAGAAGGCUUACCAAGCACCAGGCUUCAUUGAAGACUGAGAGGGAGAAGAAGAAAGAGACUUAUUUCCCAAUGAGGAAGUAUGCUAUCAAGGUGUAAUAGUAGAGCAAAUCUUAAUGAUCAAUUUGAUGUUUACUUCCUUUAAUACUUUACCAGUUUUGAUACCUCUCAGAUUUGUAGUUUCAUGUUGGAGUUACCAUUUAUUAUUACCUAUGUUAAAAUUCGUGUUUGGUUUUUCGAAGCUA